AUGCUAGGACUAAUCACCAACUUGGACAUAUCCUUCGCAUAUGCCGCUAAUUUAUUAUUUAUGUUUCUAUUUCCUCUGGGCAUCCUCAUUCUGCCUUUGGGUUUCGUUUAUCGGUAUGCGCUCAUCUGCGGGAAGCGUUGGCUUGUAAACUUGUACGACCACUCUCGGAGUAUUAUUUGUAUCUGCUUACCGCUGAUUAUAGUGUCGCUCGCAGUGUGUGUAGGAGUGGAAGAUUUGGUCAUUUGCAAAAAAGUGCGCCUCGACAGUACAUUUCUCCCAGACACUGUCGUCAUCAUUUUAUUUAAAAACAAGAUGCUAUGGCUUUUGGGACUGAUAUGCUUUACACUAUGUGUCUCAAUGGCAAUUUCAUAUUCCAUCAUUUUUUUGACGUCUUAUCACAUACUGAAAACAUUACGACAGAAUGCAUCGGCACAAAGAACUAAGGUGUUGCAGAGACAGCUUACUGUUGCCAUGCUUGUUCAGGCGCUGGUACCGAUGGUAUGCACCGCAGUUCCGCUGUUCACGUUCUGUAUCACGCAUUUUGCAAAGGUUCCCGUGCUGGAUUACGGAUCUUUAGCAAUGGCUUUACUGAACUGGCAGCCAUGUUUGAAUCCGAUCAUUUCGCUAUAUUUUGUGAAGCCGUUCUGGAAUGGUCUUCUCCAUCUGUACAAUCCAUCGAUGACAACAGUGUCGACACUGAAAGUUCUACCAGCGGUAUCCACAAAGAACGCCGGCAAAACAAAGCGAAGUGUCGUGACCACGAGAUGCAGCGCCCCGUAA